AGCCGCAGCCUGGCAGUGAGCCCACCUCAGUACCGCGUCGGUAGUCCAGCUGUCCUGUACUGAAAGUUAAGUGCAGACCCUCUCUAGUGCGCUCAAGUGCAGAAUCAAUUCUACACACAUAUAAACAAUAGGCGACUCUUUUCCGCAGCCAACAGGAUGGCGUACGUGUUGCAGAAAUUGUUCCAUGGCUACAAUCAGUUCAUAGAGGAUCAUCGAGAUAACCGCAGCAUCGAUCUUCCGCUACUAAACUCGACCUGGCACAUACCGGCGAUUGUGGCGGUCUAUUUGGUAGCAGUGUUGCAUGUGGGACCACGCUUCAUGCAGAAUCGGAAACCGUACGACCUGAAGCUUUUCAUUCGAGCGUACAAUAUUGUGCAGGUCGUGGCCAACAGUGCAUUCUUUCUAGCGGAGGUUUACCUUCUAUCUCGACGAACGGACUUCUCGUACACAUGCCAACCAGUGAAUUAUUCCCCCGACCAGCAUGGCUACGAGGAGAUGUAUUUAUCGUAUGGCUAUCUGCUGCUGAAGGUUCUGGAUUUGGCGGACACAAUGUUCUUCGUCCUGCGUAAGAAACAGUCGCACGUGUCAUUCCUGCACGUGUAUCACCACGCCAUUAUGGUUGUGAUGACUUACUGUGGGGUGCUGUUUGUACCAGGUGGUCACAUAUUCCUGCUGGGCCUCUGGAACACUCUGGUCCACGCUGUGAUGUACUUUUACUACUACCUUUCGUCCUUCGGAUCUCCGCUGGCCGCCCGGUUUAAGAUGUAUCUUACCCGGAUGCAACUGUUGCAGUUCGUGCAUCUUGGAAUCCACUUCGGACGGCCGGCACUGCUCGGAAUCGACUGUGGUUUCCCCCAGCUGUGGCACUGGAUCGGCUUCGGACAGGCCAUUUUCAUUUUGGCCAUGUUCACCGAUUUUUACAUCAAAUCGUACGUCGUGAAGGCGAAAAAGCAUGAAUAAUAAUUAACUAGAGGACGUAGUGGCACGAUUUCCUUCAAAACGCUAGGUUAAGGAAAGGUUUCCACAUCAUAUCAAGGUAUUACAAUGGAUACAGUAGAUAGUUGAAAUGUCUUGCAAUACGUUGACAUGAAUUGUGGCACAAUUCGGUUCAGUAAAUAAAUAUUUAUUAUCUAAUCGUUUGGUUCGGGCUCAAAUCAGCGCUUUCUACGGAGACUCAUUUUUCAUUGUACAUGUUUUUAAACAAAAAAACAGGAAAAUGAUUGUUAGUAGCUUAAGUUAUUCAAUUCAUACAAACAAUUAUUUACAACAUACUCUUUCACGAAAUAUUUGACUCGAACAGAACAAAAAACAGUAACAUAACUUGUGUGCGAAUAAUCAGGCAACUAAGAGAGUGACGUGCGUAACCGUCGCUAGUCGAAAAAUAUUAGUUGUACAGUAAUUCGUUUUUAACGUGAAACUCGCUACGACUGGAAGACUAAAAAUUUCAUGUAGAACGGAAAAUGGCCUAUCAUAAUUUACAUUUGUGGUAUUCCGGUUUCACAGACCGACUACAGAUUUAAGCGUCAUAAUACGUCGUUUCCACGAUUAUGCUUAGAGACUAACGUUGAAAUCAUUUGGACUAUUUUUAAGAACUGCUAAUAAGACACUGGUAGCUCAUUAAUACCGAAUAAAUAUCGUUCUCGCGUUUAAACGUUCGUUCCCUACA